AUGAGUAACCCGAAGUUAUGCAAGAGUAUGAAGUUCCCAAAUGGGAAGGUGUUUAGGGCUGCCUUGAGGGAAUAUGCAGUGAAAAAGCCUGUGGACAUUAAGUUCAAGCUUAAUGAGAAGACAAAAUUUCUGUCCACUGCAAUUUCUGGUGUGAAGCAUCGAGUUAUGCAGGAUGUGUAUGUGGACUUGAGCAUAAAUCAAGUGUACAGAGCUAAGAGGAAAGCUAGAGAGUUCAUACUAGGUGAUAAGAGGUUGCAGUAUGGAAAGCAAAGGGACUAUGCAGAGAUGAUAAGAAUAACUUAUAUGGGGAGUAAAGUGAUUUUACAAACUGAGAUUACUGAGCCUAACACACAACCCAAGUUCAAGAGGAUGCCACUUGUAGGAUUAGAUGGUUGCCACCUGAAGGGCAAGUUUGGUGGACAUAUAUUAUCAGCAACUGCAAGGGAUGGGAAUGACAAUAUUUUCCCUGUUGCAUUAGGUGUAGUUGAGCAAGAAAAUAAGGAUUCUUGGGUGUGGUUUUUACAAACAUUUGCAGAUGAUAUUGGGAGGCCAGAUGAGCUGAAUCUGGUGUUCAUUUCAAAUAGGCAGAAGGGAUUGAUACCUGCCAUGGAGAUGUUGUUUCCAACAGUUGAACAUAGAUUUUGUGUGAAGUAUAUUUAUAACAACUUUAAGUUAAACUUCAUGGGUUUAGAAUUGAAGGCUGCAUUAUGGAGGUGUGCUGCAGCAACAACAAUUAGGGAGUUUGAGAAGAGAAUGCAAGAUAUGAAGAAAUUGGACAAAGAAGCAUGA